UGAUUGAAAUCAGAAAAUGUAGUUUUCGCGGGCCUAUUGCCCGAUCAUUUAGCGGCAAAACAUCUGGCAUUUCACAAUAAACCAAACUGUAUGUAUUUGUCUUCAUUUUCAUGGUCUACAGUUCACCCAAAAUCUGCUGCUGACAUCCGACAUGUGGAUGAUAAGCUACUAGAAUUUGCAACACAUUUAUAUAACUGUGAUUCUUCUGGAAGAAGACUUGGAUUAUCAGCUUUGCAUUACCAAGGAACAGAUGAAAUAGUAUCCAAUAUGAACAUUAACAUGUGGGAGGAGAACUCUGUGGCAGCUGAACUAUGCAACAAGGAUACUGGUGAAAAAGCACGAUUACGCCAGAGGUUCAGGGGGCAUUUCGUGUGUGUUACUGGAGGAGGACACAUAUCAUAUUUUGAUCCUAUUUUCAAAUCUGAGAGUCCCUCACAGAUCUUCAUACAAGUUGUACGACUCAUGUAUCUUGAAUUAAAAGAUGUUCCUGAGGAGGACUUGGGGGAAGCCAUAAAGAACUACGUUCUCUGUUAUGACAACAUGUGUCAGCUUGAUUCUUUGAAAGCUUCCAAAGAAGAUUUGCCUUUGCCUCCACCAUUUCAUUCCAUGUGGAAAUCAAUAACCAAAGUCAUAGACAGGCUCCACCUUCAAAACCACAAAAACCCCAAAUGCAAGAAACACUACAAUCCAGAUGAUGUGCUGCCACCUGGCUACAACACUAUGGUGGCUGAGCAGACCUUCUCUUGGUUUUCACGAUUUAAGAAAAUUGCAAACUCUAUGUCCCAAACACAUCAUCUCUUCUUUAUCCACAGAAACAUCAAAAGGCGAAAUUCAUAUACAGCCAAGUGUAGGAAGAAGGGAAAGGAGCCGCUUUUACCAGGCAUCAACAUCAAGACUGUAUUUAAAUCAACUUAAAGUAUUGUGAUUGCUAAAGUGCAUUGAAAUGAAAAUAAUACAUAACUUAGAAUUAGUCUUGAAUUAUUGCUAUGUGUAUAUGUAGAUAUAUUCUACCUUGUAACUUGGUUAGAAAACUUUUGAAUUUUAAGGGAGUUAAUGUUUUGAUCUAAGAAACUGAAGAAAAACAAUUUCCUUCUAGGUCAUUCUCAUUAAAGGAAUUUUCAAUGUAACACCUAUUAUUCCAUUUAUGUAUGCCUGGUGGUCUUGCUCUGGUAUGCAUAUUUAUUUGAGCAAUCUGCAUUCCUAGGAUAAGUGUAUGAUAUGGGUAUAGGGACAGAAAGGCACAGGACAAAACGUCACAAAAAUGCUCACUAAAGCUGUUGUUCAGACACCAGACAUUUCUUACAGUGGAUGGGAGGUAGAAGGGAAUACAUGUCAUCAUUCUUAUUGGUGUUUGUUUUGUCACAUUUAGCACUUUCAGUUCAUUGUUAGAUGUUCAUUAUUAGAUGAUAAAAGAAACAUCAUUGUCUUGUUUAUAUAGCAAUUAUCAUAUGACAGUCCACUUCUUGUUUUGACAAUAAUCUGGAGUGAAAGGAAGCCAACCAUAUGCAUAUAAUUCUGCCAUCAGAUUUUGUUUUGACAAUCAUUAAUAUGUAGUAUACUAAACCAAAUGAUCAUAAAGCUUAUUCUUAUUUUAUCUCAAUACAAAAUAUUUCUUUUUAAAAAUCAAAAUAUUUUACAAUAAAUAAGAUAAAAGGAAUAACAAUUUUAUAAUUAUUAUCAAAAUCUCAUAGAAAAUAUAAAUUUUGCAUAUAUAUUUUCUUAAACUUUACAAAAAGAACAGAUAUAUUUUUAAAAUAUAUAAAAAAUCAAUACUUUUUAUUUUCUUAUAAACUGUGGCUUUUUGUCCUGUGACAUUUUGUCCUACUUUCAUAAAAUUUCUUAUUGUGACUUUUUGUCCAUGGUCAUUUUGUCCGUGACUUUUUGUCUGUGACUUUCUGUCCUACAUUCAUUUUAGAAAUGUGCCAUUACAAUAGUUUGUAACUUUAACUAUAGUCACUGAUAAAAUUUUAAUCAAGUUUAAAUGUUAUC